UUCCUGUGAGUGAAGUAUAAAUCUUAUCAAAUUGUUUGUGAGUAUAUUUUUCUUUGACAGAUAGCUCUGAAUACGUAAAAGGGGUUCCCAGCAAAACAAGCUAUACAAUUGACUUUGCAAUCAUAUGAAAAUUCCUGUGGCAGGGCUCUCAAAGAAUCCUAUGCGACGAGAGGCAUCGUGUGAAGUGGUUGCUAUAGGCAUGGCGGGUUAUUGGAACCUCCCCCCAAGUAGCGCACCUGUUGCUUACUGGUAGAGUGUCACGUGGAAAAACCUGCAAGGACUUCUACACUAUUUAAAGACGUAUUUUGGCACCCAGUUGUUUAAAGGAGUAAUGGAAUUGACCUUCGAGGUUUUCAACCCAGUUCAGAUUUUUUUUUUAACUUAACACUAUAUUAACAAAAAGUACUAUUUUGGUGUCUCAUUUUAAGACAGCUUUUAUGGGUGGCAAAUAAGUAAAUCAAUGUUUGUGAGGUUCUUUAUCAAACGUCUUAGCACAAAGCAGAAUAUAUUUAACAUAAGGUUGUUUAGUUUAAAUAGCCUCCGAAAAAAAUAUGUUGCACAAAGUAAAUGUUUUGAAGUCAUUGUCUAACAUCUACAACCCAUGCCCUACUUUAGUAUUGUAACCAUUGAGGAUGUCUUAGUGCGAUAUUGUUAGAACUGUGCAUGUUUAAGUCCAUAUGGCAACUUCCUUUUGACCUGCUUUCCCAUCCCCGUCGCAUUGUCAGGCCUGUCACCGAUAAAGAAUCAUUUGACUUGCUAUAACAAGUUCAAAAGAAACUGAAAACGCGCUGUUGAUCCAUGAAAAAUUGAGAAAAGAAACACCCCUACUGCUUUCACUAUCAUUCCCAUAGAGAUAGCGAUAUUAUUGAUGGGAUGGUUAUGCUAAUUUCUUUAGAGACAAACUUUUAUUUUGGAAUUUGUUCAAAAAAGAAUUUCAUACACAUCAAACUGGAAAAUGCAGGCUGAAUUCCCAACCGUUUAGAGGGCAGCAUGAGAAUCUGAUUUUCAUAGUGAAUAAUGAAUGUGAGCUAUCUUUUUAAAUAGUAUGUUUUGUCUGGAAAGUGAAGCGAAGCUGGGUCCUUCCUUUCACAGAUUAUUUUAACGACGAAUCUCUUUGGCUGGUUGAGCAUAGUAUAGCUCCGUAGCAUGUACGUAUGCAAUGGCAGCAUCACUAGACAACAAAAAGUAACAUGAACACUGUAUUCAAAAAGAGACAAGGCGAAAUAGAAACGCCGAUUGUCAAUUGUCAUAUUUAAGCAAAUCUCUCAGAUAGUCCAAAUAUCUUAUUCGUCUUGAAUUCAGGUUACUAUAUUAUAAUCAAGCUUAAUUAGAGUCAUUGACUUGACACUUUAUGAGAUAGUUAUCACAUAAGAAAUAUGUCGGUCCGGUUCCAUCCAGAUCCUUUGAACUGAAGGAAAUGUCCUCAUACAAUGUAAUGAGUAAUUACAAAGGAGGUCAGUUUUAAUGCCAUCGUGACCAUCUGCACGGGGGCAUUCACGGUGGCAUACUGUACUGGCACCAAGAGAUUGGAAAGAGCUGUUACAUGCUUAAACUUUAGACUAGUCAAACUAUAAGUAUGUGGUAUAUAUGAUGUAUUUUAUGAGUAAUGGGUAGUUCUUUUUCUCUCGCCUGGCUACUCAGUUCUGUGUCGCAGUGGUCUAAAAAUUGUAAUCAUCAGUCCGUCAAAGGAUCAGUGCAGUAAUCCAUGCAUCAUUGUCUUCUCCUUUUGCCAACCUUUCUGCAUGUCCCUUUUCUCUUAUCGUUGCACCAAAGUCACAUGCCCGCACAUUCUUUAAAAAAAGGAACAUUUGAUACUUUUUAUUAUUACCAAACCGUUCCCAUAAUUACACCAUAAUCAUUAUAUAAUCCCAUAACAAAGACUCUAUUGAAGCUGUAGCUUUUGUCAACUCUGGGACACUGAAUGUAUAAUUGCAUUAUUCUGCUUCUUUUCCCCCUAUAGAACCUCAAUCUAUCAAAACCAUCCUCCUGCGAACAUUUAGUUGCGUGUCUGCACGGCCUGCAUAUUGCUGUCCUACCGCUGAAGUGUAGCCAAAAAAGUUUUACGUCCUCAUCCAACUAUCAUUUUAUAAAGAAAUGUUCUCUCGCUUUACUUCGAGCGUCUUUUGCGAGCGCGACUAAUGCAGCUUCCCUUGUUUGUAAAUGAGGCGCGGGUUGCUUAUUAACAUAUACCGCCAAGUGGCUAUGUAAGAUCAUAUUUACAAAGAGAUAUGCUUUCACCCCUCUUCUUUCAAAGAAACGCGCUAUAGCCGUGUGUUAGAAUAAUGCUCGUUCGUCAGGGAAUGUGAAAAAAACCGCUUCCCUGAGGACCCGUGUGCGUUUGUGUGCAUGCGAUUGGCAACAUAACUGGCUUAUUUACAUUAAAUACUCCACAAGGUUACAGUGCAGAUGAACGUCAUUUUAUCACUGAUUACUUCUCUUAAGCACUAGAGCGGUGACUGAUGCUCAGGACGCGCUGUCUGCAAAGAUUUACGCUGGAGUUUUUUGGAAGAAAGAACACUUGAAAUAGUUCCUCGAAAAGGUAAGAACAUGUAUUUUAACUACAUUGUGCAUUUUCCGGGUUUGUGGUCUGUUCUUUUAAAGACGGUGGGCAUCAAAGCCAAUUAUACACGGCGUCUGAAUAACAAGACUGACAAUGUGAACGGGGUUGUUAGGAAUAGACAUAUUUUAAUAAGAGUAUUUACUGGGAGCUCAAUGUCAGAAAGAAGCCGCUAUGUGGUGAAACCUUUCUUCAACUGCUUCAUAAGGGGAAAUGGACGAUCAAAGAUUAAACCGUGUAACGGGCUAUUUUAUCAAGGGUUCAGCUUUUAGCCUCAUCAAAGCCGAAUGCCGCAAGACCUAGGCUAUCUAGUUGCUGUGAAUUACGCCGCGGACGACAAUGGAGUGCUUUUUUAACGGUACAAUGCAUUUCACCUACCAGAUAGGGGGAGUCCAAGCUGAAAGAUGGAAAUGUCUUGUGAUGCUGGGUGAUCAGUAUCAAUGAACACGUUUGUACUGAGAAAAAACUGCGCGAAUAAAAUAAAACGCUGUUUUUUACUCGGGAUGCGUGCGGAACUGUUGGAGGGGGAUUCUGGAGUGGACAAUCGUAACAGGUCCGAAGCGCACUUUUCCCCCUUCAGCGCAAGAAAAUGAUCAGGUCAAUCAUGUGGACAUGCUUCAUUAUUCAAUGAACACAAUCUUUCACAACGCAUCGUUUACACGCAGGACUUUCUUCUUCGCGUCGCGAUAUAUUUAAAGCUUCCCCUGGCUUCAUGUUCAUCAUGUUCGUCUCUCUUUCUUGACAGAGCAGGGUAAAGACUCAUCCUCCUCGGCCAGUGCUGUGUGCUGUACUGACUCAGAGCAGGAAGGUGCCUGGCUCCACUAAACCUGCCCAGUUGAUCCCUGACCAGUAUGCAGUUUGUGUGUUAAGGAUGGAGGAUUCUAGUUUGUGCCUUGGUGUGUCCUCAGCGAUCUCGGAUGCUGACACCCAUCUCAGCAGUGCCGUGCUCAAUGGCCGCUACCCCAUCAGCCAGAAGCUCCACCAGCUAACCGCUCAGCUGGGCCAUGCCUUUCCCGACCUGCCGAGCCGUCACCAGAUCCCAGAUGAGAAAGCCGCAACCCCACUGGAUGAAAAGACCCACGCCGCCCUGGCCAACCAGCCAAUCAGCAGUCAGAUGGCUCUGCUCGCCAAUCAACUGAACCGAGACAUGGAGACAGGUGCCCUGGGUGCCCUGAAUGGGCGUGUUGACCUGCAGCAGUUCCUCAAUGGUCAGAACCUGGGCAUCAUGUCCAAGAUGAAUGACAUUGAAGACGAUGCCCGGAAGAACCGCAAGUACCCAUGCCCUCUUUGUGGAAAACGCUUCCGCUUCAAUAGCAUCCUGUCCCUGCACAUGCGCACCCAUACUGGGGAGAAGCCCUUCAAGUGUCCCUACUGUGACCACCGGGCCGCCCAGAAAGGUAAUUUGAAGAUCCACUUGCGCACCCACAAGCUAGGGAACCUGGGCAAGGGCCGUGGACGUGUUCGCGAGGAGAACCGUCUGCUCCAUGAGCUGGAGGAGCGGGCCAUCCUGAGGGACAAGCAGAUGAGGAGCAGCCACCUUCAGCCGUCCCAGACUCUCCCACACCAGCCCCAGCAGACCCACAACCAGCAGCAGCCAGGCUCUGCCUGUGGCCUCCUCACCCCCACCAGUCUGGGCGGCACACCCGAUGGCUCCACUCAACUUGCUUCCUCCCCAAAGCCUGCCGGCACCAACCAACAAGAGGACCAGAGCCUCAAUCCACCAACAGGCUUCCGCUGCACCUUCUGCAAGGGAAAGUUCAAAAAGCGUGAGGAGCUCGACCGUCACAUCCGCAUCCUGCACAAGCCCUACAAGUGCACGCUGUGCGAGUUCGCUGCCUCUCAGGAGGAAGACCUCAUCUCGCAUGUGGAGAAGGCCCACAUUACUGCCGAGUCAGCCCAGGGCCAAGAAGGUGCGGCCGAGAAGCCCGCCAACGAGUUCCGCUGCGAGGUGUGUGGACAGGUCUUCAGCCAGGCCUGGUUCCUGAAGGGUCACAUGCGCAAGCACAAGGACUCGUUCGAGCACUGCUGCCAGAUCUGCGGCCGCCGCUUCAAAGAGCCCUGGUUCCUCAAGAACCACAUGAAGGUCCACCUCAACAAGCUAGCCAUCAAGAACAAGCCACCAGUAGGAGCGCCUGACCAGGACAUGCCCUCGGUCAACACCAUGAGCAGCCUGGCACAGGAGGCCCACGCCAACCUCUACUCGCGCUACAUCUCCUGCUUGCAGGGUGGCUUCCUCUCCCCAGACAAGCAGGGUCUAGCUGAACAGCACCAGAUGCUGGCCAAGGCGGGCAUCGCCAUGAAGGAGAAGGAAAUGCUGGGGAAGCUGUUGGGCCCCGUGGCCGGCAUGAGCCACGCCCUGGGGGAGAAUGAGAAGCGCUCACUCCUCGGCUGCCUCAACCUGGUGCCACCCCUCAAGUCCAGCUGCAUGGAACGCCUGCAGGCCGCAGCCAAGGUUGCCGAGAUGGAUCCACUCAACAGUUAUCAAGCCUGGCAGAUCAUGGCUCGAGGCAUGGCCAUGGAUCGCUCCUUCAUGCCCAAGGAUCAACACCAUGGGCACCAUGUACAGGAUGAGGACAUGGCCAACGCGGCUAGCAUAAUCAGCUUCAACAAAGAGAAGCAUGAGUACCCUCUUAUAAGCUCUGCUGAGAGCCUCAAGCAGAAGCAGCAUGCUGAGGUAAUGCAUGCGCUCAAGACCAGUGGGGCAGGAAGCAUGAUGCCCCUGAAGGAAGAGGGAGGAGGUUUUGAUGGACACAGGGAGUUCAUGUCUCACCAUGGCGGUCUGGGCUUGGGUCAAGGCCUUGAUUUUGGCCUGGGUGGCCUGAAGGACAAGCCCUCCGAGUGCCCUGACUGCGGCCGGGUCUUCAGGACCUACCAUCAGAUGGUGGUCCACUCCAGAGUGCACAAGGACCGCCGCAGCGCAGAGGAAGUCCUCCAGCACAGCACCACAGGCCUAGAUGAGCGACGCGGCUCGGCGAGCGACCCCGAGUCCCAGUCCAUCAGCAGGUCAACCACCCCGGGUUCCUCCAAUGUGACUGAAGAGAGUGGAGCUGGAGGAGGACACUCCCAGACCGGCAGCGUGCAAGAUGACAGCCCCCACCCAUCCUCUCCAUCUUCAGAUGUGGGAGACGACCUGACAAAGAGCGCAGGGGCCGCGCAGCCCCCCACGCCCCAGCACAGGGAGCGCGGCGUGGGCUCGGCCAUGAAGGACUGCCCCUACUGUGGGAAGAGCUUCCGCACCUCCCACCACCUGAAGGUCCAUCUGAGGAUACACACAGGUGAGAAGCCCUACAGAUGCCCUCAUUGUGACUACGCUGGCACCCAGUCCGCCUCGCUCAAGUACCAUCUUGAGCGCCACCACCGCGAGCGUCAGAACGGCGGUAACGGCCCCUCGGCCAACCACCCACCCACCUCCUCCUCCUCCUCCUCCUCCUCCUCUGAGCACAAGGAGGACCAUGGCAAAACCGGUGGCGCCGUGUUCGCCCGACCCGACGUCCUGCGUGGCGUCUUCAAAGGCAUGAUGCCCACCAGCCUGGACUUCCGAGGCGGCCAGCUUAUGCCACACCAGUGGGCCCCGCCCAGCAUGCUCUCCCCCAGAGAGAGAGAGCGAGAACGGGAGCGAGAGCGCCAUGGCCUGGGUGCCGACUCCACCCCCGAGACCGUGAAGAACCCAGAGGCCCCAAACACCGGCGACAGCCCAGCCAGCUUCUCUGACCUGGGGAGGGCCUACCAGAGUAUGGUGGGCAACGGAGUGAACUUCCAGGGUUCCCUGCAGGCCUUCAUGGACAACUUUGUCCUGAGCUCCCUGAAGAAGGAGAAGGAAAUGCGGGAGAGCCAGCUGCAGAGCCAACUCCAGGCCCCGACUCAGCACUACAGCCUGGAGAGCGGCGAGCCCAAGGCCAAGAGGAGCGUCAACGAGGGCAGCGGGAACCUGGAGGAGAAACACGCCACCAACGCCAAGCCCUCUGACGGCAAGGGCAAGCCCGAGGCCCGCUCCCAGUACGAGCCCCUGGAUCUGUCCGUCAGGCCCGACACCGUCUCCCUGCCCGGCUCGUCCAUCACCGUCCAGGACAACGUGACGUGGCACAGCUGCCUCUUCUGCUCCUUCACCACCGCCUCCAUGGAGCUGAUGGCGCUCCACCUGCAGGCCAACCACCUGGGCAAGGCCAAGCGAGGCGCUGUCACCAGUGAGGGCAACGACACCCUGCUGGGUGAAGCCUCCCACACCCUAGGCGGCAAAGGCCCCCUGUUGGCUCCUCUAUCCCUUCUGCACCACCACGAGGGCGGCGCCUCCAGGGAGAGGGACGUGGAGUCUGGGGAUCUGAAGAGCGCCUGGUCCAACCACAUGGAGCAUCCCCCGCACAAGGCCUCCAUGGGAGACUUCUCGAGUGACUUCUACAAACCCUUCGGAACCCUGUUUGACAGCUCUGCCCGGGACCCCCAGGGGCCGCUGGGAUUCCUGGAGCAGCAGCAGGCACAGGCGGGCGACGUGGGCGGACCUGGUGGACCGGGCGGCCCCGGUGGCAGCGCUUCCCUGGACGAGCUCUCGGACAAGGCCUCCUGCGGCGAGAUAGAGGCGUCCGAGGAGCGCGUCCAGUCCGACGGGGAGGAGCCCGGCAGGGAGGAGACCCCAAGCGGCCCCACCUCAACCAACACCGCUGAGCGACCAGCUGGCUUCAACCACCACGAGGAAGAGGAUGAGGAGGAAGCCGAAGCCGAGCAUGAGGAGAUGGAGAUGGACGACGACGACGAUGACGACGACGACGACUCCCUGCCCACGCAGGUGCCACUGCGCAAUGAGUCACCGCUGUCCGUUAAGGACGCCCUGAGAUCCAGGGGCUCGGCGGGUCCCCAUAGCCACCGUGCGGGGCCCUCUCCCCCACAGCCCCCAGCCCUGGAGAAGCAGUGGCAUCAGCAGCAGGCGGGCAUGGGUCUCCUUUCAUCUCACGGAGGUCCCCCAGGGCUGCUGAAGCCUGAGCAGGCCCAUCUCGAGCAGCAGAUGAACAUGCUGUCCGUCCUGAGGGCCUACAGCUCCGAGAACCUCGCCGCCUUCAACGGAGGCCUGGCCAGCAGCACCAGCGGGUCCGGCGGCGGCAGCAAGAGAGUGGACGCACCCGUUCAUCUGUGGGCCACAGAGGAGGAAGGCCCCGGCAGCUACGGUCCGGCUCUAUCCCCCGAGCUUAACCUAGCUGACUCAGAGAUGCACGACGCCUCUCUAAACAGAGACUAACACCCGUCUGGAGGCACGCGCUGGGCGCCACGAUGAUGAUGAUGAUGAUGAUGAUGAUGGUGGAGGAGGUGGCGAUGAAGACAAACUCUUAAUUAAAAGCAGACUAUUUAAGAACAAAAGAAACUAACCUAUAAAAGAUGGAUGGAUGAAGCUGAAGCAGGGGCAGACGGUGCUUCUCUGCAGGCAUGGCAGAGAGGAUGAGACCUGCUGACUUUUAGUGGACUGGACACUUUAAAAAAUAAAAAAUAAAAAACAGUGGAAAAAAAUACGAAAAAAAAAAACAAACAGACAAAAGACUGGCUUCACAGCGCAUUUGUUCAACGUCUCUUGAAUCUUUCUUGUAGCCAUAUGUUCUGUGCAGUCUCUGUUUUUGGCUUUGACAUUGUGAAAAAGAGGAAAAAAAAACAAAAGCUUAAAAAAAAAAAAGCUAAAAAAAAAAUACUACCUGCGUGUCCAAUGUCUAUGAGUGCAACACAUUCCUUUAUCCAAGAUGGACGUAGAAGCAGCGCAGCGCUUUGUCACCAGAUGUGGAGCGGACAGGAGAGCGGGGAGCCGGGCCCAGAGCCUCUUCCUCCCCACGACCACACAACCCUCACAUUCUGCCACUAUUUUUGGAAACCAGAGACAUGACAAUAUCCACACUGCCCUUUGACACUCCUCUGUUCCGCUAGAACAGUUCUGACUGGACACGACUGUUUCCCCGAACCCUGGUCCAGCCAACACAGAGCACAGUCUCCUCUAGUGACCAAGCCCCGCUACCCUGGGAGAGCAAGCACAGUCCUACGCAUCUCCCCCUAACCCCCCCCCCCACACACACACAAGGGCAUCGACUACCAGGACUGAAGUAGAACGCUCUCUCUCCGACAAUCUGGUGCUUUAGAGAAGGAAGGGGGGCAACGACGCGAUGACACAUAGGUGGAGUUGUUUUUAAUGCAGGGUCGAGUAGCCAUGGUGAUCCGUGGCCCAUGGCAACCGAAAGGAAAGGAGAGGCCUAUGUGUUGGAGCCUAAAGACUGUUGAAAGAAUCUUUCCUCACAUUUCUUAGAGUGUGUUCUAUGAGUCAUACACAGAUAUGAAAUGUGCAGAGUUUAGGUGUAAAAUAAAAGUGAGUCAAAACACAGAAGUAUAAAAGUCAGAUUGUAUUCCUUUAAGAGAAAGUACCAACGCGACAAGAAUAUCUAGUUUACACCAGACUCGUGUUGCGAAAAUCAGCACCCGACUGACAUAUUUGAAAAACUAAAGAAGAUAAAGAAUGCUAGAUGAAAAAUGAAAACCACCAUCUUGUUUUAUCUCUCCUGUAAAUGUCAAGGACGAUAGUGUUGACAAAAAAUAGUGUUGAAGAAACAUUUGUAAUAUACUGCCACAGAUCAAUGUUGCAAAGUGUUACUGACUACUGAAAUGGUUUGAUGUAUUUACUUAUUAAAAAGCAGAAAAAAGCAGGAAACAAAUAUUGUCUAGCCUUAGAUACAGUCAUCUGUUGUUGCAUCUACAAAGCUAGCUGUUUUAGAUGGUAGCUAUUAGAAUGGAUUUUUUUUUUCAAGUACUGUACUUUUUGCCUUCUACAAUGUAAAGAAAAGAAGAAAAAAAGAAAAGAUUGACAAUCUUCUCAUAUUGCUGCAAGCAUAUGCCCAUACAGUAUAUACAUAACUCAUACAAGCAUACAUAGAGGGGUUUCUCUUGUUUUCUCCAAAAGUAUUUUGCACUGUGAUAGUAAUUCUAAACCCUGUCUAUACAGUACAAAGUUCAAAACUAACUAAAAAUGACAAGUGUGUAUGUGUGUGUGUUUGUGUGUCCCUUGACAUUGUGAAAUGUUACAUUUCUCUCCCCCACCUCUGUUCUCUUGUGAACGCUGACAAAUUCUCUGUGAUCAGUCCAUCUCUGAUCACCUCUCUUUUGAUCUCUGAAAAAUCUCCCUUUCAAGAAGAGUCCUCUUCCCCCUUUGAAAGCUCAUGCCCCCGUGUACAGCCCCAGCCACCUGGGAAACGCAUAGGCCAUGAGCCAUGAACUGUACAAAGCUUAGUGUUGGGUCCCCAGUCCUCUCUUGCAAAUAAACCUCUCUUUUUUUUGGCAUAUGCAUUCUUUAGCAUAAGACCUACAGCCCUUCCAUAUCCCCCUGGUAAUGAGAAAAAGAAACUUCAAAAGAACUAGUGUCAUUGUAUAAGUGGGUGCAGGGCAUAGUAGCAGGUGCUGGGACCUGCUAGUGAUUGGCCAAAACCGACCAAUCAGAUGCAUCUACUUCCCUGGUCAUGUGGCUCGACCUGGCUGUGUCCCCUCAUCCUACAAGCUCUCUCUCUUUCUCUCUCUCUCUCUCUCUCUCUUUCUCUGUCUCUCCCCCUCUCUCUCUCUCUGUCUCGCUCUCUCGCUCUCUCUCUCUCUCUCUCUCUCUCUCUCUCUCUCUCUCUGUAGAGUGCAGUACCUGGGAAAAUAAGUUGAAGGUGUCUGCCUGGGUCUUACUAAUCCAGUGUUUGAGCAUUCCAGUCCCCCCCUCACCCAGAGCUGUCUUGUGAGCUGUAAACUUUUCCGUUUGCUGUACCCUCAUGGCAGAUGCUUUGUUUUGUAACUACUGAACUGUACUUAUAAUAAAAAUAAUAUGUAUUCAAACUA